CUAACCAUCCAUCCAUCCAUUCGUUGUUGUUAGAACGGUGAUGGAGAAGCCGAGGGACCGCUACCGGCGCCGCUAAGCUAGCAGCGACUCAGCCCGGCCCUGACGAACCGACACCGAGAGGCGGACAGAGGGAGAGGAUGGAAACGGUCGAGCAGCUCGUCUCUUUCCACCACAUUCAGGUCCAGCUGAGCGGGGGCGCGCCUUGGGGGUUCACGCUGAAAGGAGGGCUUGAGCACGGAGAGCCGCUCAUCAUCAUUAAAAUCGAGGAUGGAGGGAAGGCCGCCCACUGCAAGAAGCUGAAAGUCGGCGAUGAACUCAUCAACAUAAACGGAUCCGCCCUCUACGGCAGCAGGCAGGAAGCCCUCAUCCUCAUCAAGGGAUCUUACAGGAUACUGAAGCUCACAGUCAGGAGACGCAGCGUUCCUCUCAUCAGGCCUCACUCCUGGCACCUGGCAAAGCUACCGGAGCUCCCCCUCCCUCCACCGCCACCUCCUCCGUCUCCCCCUCCGCCGCCCUGCCUCCCCCCCACCGACUCCCCUCCACUCCCUCCUCCACCUCCACCUCCGCCUGCCAUGCAGCUCCACCCCGGACAGUACUCACUACCCUGGCACACAACUGACAACAGUGACUUGUCCAUGCAGUGGGGUCAGCUGUCCAGGCCUUACUCCUCCACCGACCGAAGCAGUUCCCUGGGCUCCAUGGAGAGCUUGGACACUCCGACGCCCACCACACAGCCAUACUCCGACUCCCAUAAUUCACCUGUUGACCCAACCCUCUUCAACAACAAGAGAGAUUCCGCCUACAGCUCCUUCUCGGCCAGCUCGAACAUAUCAGACUACGCGACGGUGCCACUAAGGCCCGGCGAAGCCUGCUCCAUGGAUAACCUCCUCCAGACCCUGGGGCCGGCUUGUCAAGGCGACACCAGGUCAUCUGGUGAGGCCCCAGAUGAGGCACAGCUGAUUACACACAAGUCCAGAUCUCUGACGAGGCCGAGACCGAGGCCUGUCGAGGUGAAAGAGAGGCCUUCGUCCUGCUGUUAUGAGCAAGAGCAUAGGGUAGAUUUUGAGAUUGUAAGAAAUGGAGAAAGGGGAGCAGAGAGAAAGACGAACCCCCCUCAGCCUCCGACUAGGAAGGACAGUUUUAGGGCCACCCGGAGUCGCCCUAACGCUGCCAGCCAGCGUUGCGCUUCAGCUCCUAUUGAAAAUUCCAGUGUUUCUUGUUAUUUUGAGGAAAACAAGCGCUCUCUGAAUGUUGAAUCAGGACUUCUCAAUGGCUUCCCUGUGUCAGAAGAAGGUGAUCAAACCGAGAGUUUCAAAGAGGAAACUGUAGACUCACAUUAUAUCCAAAGACACAUCAGAUGUGAGACUGGUGCUAAUAAAGACUACAAAUCAGAGACCACCUCAGACCACCUCCCUGACUCAGUGACAGCCUCCACAGUUCCUACAGUCCCCUCUGGUCCUGCAUCUUUACCUGCCGAAUCCUCUUUGGAGGCUCAAGGGCUGAUCACACGCUCCCAGACAAAGCACUCUUCUUCCGGGCUGCACCGGCACAGCGCCCCUGAGAAGCUAAUAGCUACACAACUUCAGUUAUUGCAGUUCAACAGAGACAACCCUUCAUUGGAGCCUUACAGUUCAAAUGUUUCAGAUCCCUCCUUGUCCCCCUGUAGCAGUCAGUGGUCCCACUCUUCACUUCCACCAGCCACAGAAGACCAGGAAGCUUCUCACAACCACCUUAAUGCCCCGUCACACAAAUGGGGAGGCAGCCGAUGCUCAACUCCUGGAUCUGUGUUCUUGGACGGUGAUGAUGGAGAUUCAAGUGAAAGGCUGGAAGAGAUUAAUGUAAAUGGCAGUUCUGUCUCACCAAUUCAUCAUCACAUCUCAUGGGGUCGCUCGGUAAGUGUACCAGGGGAACCCACAAAAUCAUCAACACAGGAAAGGUUGAGCUCUGACCCGAUACUGGAGAGUGAUUUUGUACCUCUUAGUGCUGCUGCCAGUGUGGACACUCUCCUGGAGGAGCAAAGAUCAGGAGAGAGGGAAAGAAGUGGAGGCAGAAAGGAGGAGGAUGUAGAUGGAGAGGCAGCCAUGAAAAAGUCAAGCUCAUCCAGGAACCAUCGACGUAACCGUCGUCGCAGUGAGCGAUUUGCUACCAAUCUUCGCAAUGAGAUUCAGAGGAAAAAGGCCCAGCUUCAGCGUAGUCGUGGCCCAGGAGGGUUGCUCUGUAGUGGAGAAACUGUCCAGGAAGAGGAGGACCCUGACCUCAGUGAGGAAGGACCAGAAGCAGACCUGCCUUCACAGGAAAAGAAUGCCAAAGUUGCAUUUGCCUUACCUGCUAUUCCCCUAGAUUCCCAGAGCUCCUCAUCCGUCAAGACCUCAAACACCUCAAAUAAAUCAAACCAUGAUGUCUUGCAGCCCACAACUUACCCCCAGAACAGCAACCUCUCCAGGUCUGUUCAAAUUCUAGACCCAGGUGUGGCUAGUUUUGGUCUUGGCAUCCGAGUCGUAGAAGAACCAGCUCCUGCUGGUAAGGCCCGGCGAUGGCGUUGGACCCCUGAGCAUAAACUCCAGCCUGAUCCUGAUCCAGAUCGACGACAUGGGGUCUUGGGGGAGAGGCUGUUAGGGGUCACAGGGUCACGUCACGGGGUUUGUUCCUUCACCUCCCCACCCACUGCCUCCUACGGUCGCUCCUCUUCAUGCUCUCGAAUGGAGGAGUCGGAUAUCCUUCCAUUUGCAGAUAGAAUGAAAUUUUUUGAGGCGACUAGCAAAGGCAUGUCCGUGCCAAAUGCUUUGAGUCUGUCGAGUUGCAGGCAGAAAAAAAACUCCCACCAUCUGGAGCACCAGGGGGGAGAGCUGGAUCAGCAUCCAGCCCAAAGGAGAUACUCAUAUCAGGGGGGACUUAAGCAGGAAAAUGCCCUGCUUCCAAACACUAUGGAGGCCAGGAGGCAGUCUGUGAGUACCUUUAGGGAGAGACAGAAAGAGAAGGAGAGGGAACAAGAGAGGGAUAGGGAACGAGAACGGGAAGAGAGGCUAAGAGAAAGGGAGAGGCAACAGGAGAAGGAAAGACAAAUGAGGGAACUAGAAAUGGAGAGUGCAAGGCUGAGGGAGAUUCAGCGGGAGAGGGAACGAGAGGAGAGGGUGAGGCAGUGGGAGAGGCAGAGGGAGCUGGAGCUGCAAAGAGAAAAAGAGAUGGAGAUAGCCAGAGAGAAGGAACGACUCAAAAAAGAACGAGAGAAAGAGCUCGAGACGGAGCGAGAGAAGGAAAGGGAAGAAAAUUCUCAGCUCAACUCCCAUCAGGAGUUUUAUGGCACUUCUAGCAUCAAGGACAGAAACCAAGACUUCCAGCACAUCGACAACUUCCACAACUUCCAGCCCAAGUCUCAGGUGUUCUCCCAUGGCCAAACCCAAAGUCAAGUCCCACGGUCUGCUUUUUAUCCAGUCAACACUCCCUCCCAGCUGUUGGAGAACCAGGAACCUCUGCAUCAGGGAUACACAGCAAGGAGCUACACACCGACAGAGACGUAUCCGGCUCGGCAGCAGGAAACCACCAGGCUCAACAGGAAGUACAGCCUGACCGAGAGAGACUACCCAAGCUGGAGGCGUGAGUCCAGACCACCAGAGAGCAUCAGUCACCACCACCUCCAUCAGAGUUGCUGGGGCCCCAGGCAGACCAGCAGCAGCAGCAGCGGCAGCAGCAAUGACCACAAUGGACACUCCUUCGCCCCUCCGCCAGCCCCUCUUUCACUCCGAGGACGAGCCAUGUCGGAGAACGACCUGCGCUUCGAUGGCAGCCACCGCUGGUCGCCAUCAAUCUCCUCGGCUGCCAGUCAGACCCUGAGCGAGGUGGAGGAGGGAGGUGGCAGCAUCAGGGCUGGAGACGCAACCAGCAACGCCAGGCAAAACAGAAAGAAGACGCCGCCUCCCCCGAGGCCGCCGCCGCCGAAGUGGGAGCAGUUUCACCGCCGGCGUUCGUCCCACCACACCUUGUUCUCUUCUUCUUCUGCUGCUCCUCACUCCAACCCUCCUCAGACCCACUCCUCCUCCUACAUCGCUCCACCUGAGGAGUCCAGGCAGAGGUCCUACAGCCUCCCUCCAGAGAGGCACGAGGCGUCGGACAGCUGCCCGAGAUGCAGCUGCAACCAAACCCCGGAGAUUUCCCACGGCCCGUCCGAUCAGAACCAGGCCCCGUUUCAGGAAGUGUCCUUUUGUGUCGCCCCGCCCAGUCCCAUGUUCUCAAGGAGGGCCUUCAGACCGGUGGCACCUCCCCAGAGAGACAGGGAGGGAAACCUGAGGAUGGAGUCUCUGCCUCCGCCUACACCACCACCGACUCCAGCAGCAGAGACCGGCGUGAGCAGUGUAUCGAUGGUGGAUGUGAGUCCAGACCAGGACAGGAUUCCAGUGAAACCUCACAAACAGCAGCCCAACAUGAGACCUGGAGCCGAGUGGGAGAGAACUCCAUCUCCCAGAGUUCACAGCGAUGCCGUACUUCACCCAGUCUUAGAAAAUGGGGAUGCUGGUGGGGCUUUACCUUCCUCUCCUUCCUCCUACUUCAGUCAACCUGAUUAUGAGCAGCAGCAGCAGCUCUGUAUGAACAGAGGCUUCCAGACUGAAGAGCAGCAGAAGAUCCUCGAACCAGGAACAGAAUCUGAGACGACCCUGAGCCCGAGUCCCGCUCACAGCCUGGAGGCCGACUUGGACGUCCCCAUGGAGACGGACAUUGACGACUUCCAGGAGGAGGAGCUUCCGGCGGAGGACGCGCCCAUCACCAGCGAGCUGCCCUGCUUCGCUCUGCCCGUCACGGUCCUGGAGACGGACAUCGACACGCUGCCGGAGGCUUCGCCGUCGGGCCGGACGGAGAGCAGCUCCCUGGAGGAGGAGCUGGAGGCCGGGGACGGCAGCAGAGAGGGGCUGAGCCUGGAGGAGCUGUUCCCCCAGAGCAGUGAGGGGGAGUCAGGCACGGAGGGCUGGAGAGGAGCCUACCAAACCACGGAGCACAACGCCGACAGCUUGGAUAGGCGGUCUGGUGCGAGCUCCAGCUGUUCGUCUUAUUACAGCACAUCAGCCGCCAAGGCUCAGCUCCUGUCGCAGAUGAAGGACUUAACCGAUAACAGGGAGAGGGGCGAGGACGACGAGCUGACCUACAAGAAACAGCUGAUGGAGAGCCUCCGGAAGAAGCUGGGAGUGCUGAGGGAGGCUCAGCGGGGUCUGCAGGACGACAUCCGAGCCAACGCACAGCUGGGAGAGGAGGUGGAGAACAUGGUGGUGUCGGUGUGCAAACCCAACGAGGUGGACAAGUUCCGCAUGUUCAUUGGCGACCUGGACAAAGUGGUGAGUCUGCUGCUGUCGCUGUCUGGGAGGCUGCUGAGGGUGGAGACGACACUGGACACGCUGGACCCCGAGACAGAGCACCACGAGAGGCUCCCCCUGCUGGAGAAGAAGCGUCAGCUCAUGAGGCAGCUGUCCGAGGCUCAGGACCUGAAGGACCACGUUGACCGGCGAGAGCAGGCGGUCAGCCGGGUGUUGGCCCGAUGUCUCUCUCCAGAGCAGCACAGAGACUACAGCCACUUUGUGAAGAUGAAGGCCGCCUUGCUGGUGGAGCAGAGGCAGCUGGAGGACAAGAUCCGGCUGGGGGAGGAGCAGCUGAGGGGUCUGAGGGAGAGUCUGGGUCUGGGUCUGGGGAUGGGGAUGGGGAUGGGGAUGGGCAUGGGCAUGGGGAUGUCGAUGGGAUAUGGACAUUAUUAACUGAAGAGAUGAAGAAGAAGAGGAAGGAAGAGAUGUAGCUGCAGACUGAGAGGUAAACGUGCAGUUUACAUGUUUGCAAUAACAUGGACAGUUUUUUAAAGAGCUCGUUUGACAUUUAUUCACUGUCGACACUAAAUAUGAAGCAGCCGUUUAACUUCUGAAACAGGAGACGGUACCAAAAUCCGCCCACCAGCUCCUCUAAAACUCACAAAUCACUUCUUGUUUUAUGGCGGCGAGGAGCCCGACUGUUUCUUGGCUGGUAGCUUCAUAUUUAGCAUCUUAGUGUUCCUCUAAGGGUCAGCAGACAUGUGUGUAGAGGUUCCAGCUCCAAAACAAACAGCUGAAACACCCUGAAGGUUUUUAGGCGGGCGGGAAAGAAUAGACUCUCAGUGAUGGAGACCAAAGGAGGCACAAGUCCAAGGUGUCAGAAUGGUUUGAAAAGAAGAAGAAGAAUGUUGACUCCAGCUGCUCUGCGAGUUAUCUUCAUUAACUAGAGACUUUAAAAAUCCAAUAAAUGCACCAGAAACGUAUCGACAGCUCGUCUCAGAGGGGCAUGUUCGCUGUUAGAACAGAGGAUGGUUGGAUUACUGAAACCCCACAGCUGGAAGAGAGGAUGUUUUCCUUCACGUUUAACUUUUCACAAACCAAAUGAAUCCUUUUUAUUGCACGUCACAUUCUGCUUCACGCAAAGUGCCUGAGACUCGUACUGUAAACACAUGACACUACACUUCCUUCCUGUCUGAUGGAGCGCCACGCUACGUUGCCAAAGACGUUUUCUCUUGAUGAAUGUGUCGCGGACACGCUGCUCACUUUUGAUGUAUUUAAAUCUUCCGGUUCGGAGAAUCGGAGGAGGAUUGUUUUGGUGCUUCUGUUAACCACACUAAAGCCAAUAUUGUGAAUGUGCACCAUCAUUAACUGCUAAAAAGUUCUACUGCAUUCAGCAAUACUGUAUUACCGAGCAUAAUAUCACUACAUAUCCCCAUUACUGUAAUGUCUGUGACUGUCUUACUGGUUGGAGUUUGACACUCCGCUGCCACAAAAUGUACAGAAGACACUUGUGUUUAUAUUGUAUUGUAUAUUUGUAGUGGUUUUAAUAUUUGAAAUGACAGACAUAGGUUGUAAAAGAUGAAUGAGAAGACCGGGAAGUAAGUUUACUGUAUAUUUUGACGGCAAAUGAAUCCGGAGAUGCAUUUGGUUUGUGUCGAACCAGAGUUGCUUUAUUAUUAUUUUUUUGUCAGUAAGCUUCUUGAAGCGUCGGGUGGAAUUUUCAGAUUGUUUUCUGUCAGAUGCCAUAUUGUAUUCCAACACUUGUCCUAUCUGACUUAUAAGUUUUAUCAUGGGAAAUAUGAUUAUUUGCUUUCUUGCCGAGACUCUCAUGUCUGUACAGUGAAUACAAGGCUACAGCUAGCAGCUAGUUGGCUUAGCUUAGCAUAACGACUGGAAACAGCUAUCCUGUCUGUGUCCAAAGUUUAAAAAACAAUCCUCCUAGCAAAAAAACUCCCUGUUUAAUACAUUAUAUUUAGGUUGUGUGUUCCAUAUUUUUAAAAAAGUCUGUAAAAACAACACAGAUGAAGGUUGGAUAUUUAAGUUAAUCUCUUUGAAUAUAUACAUGUGUUAUAGCAAUACUAAAAAGAAAAAACAAUGGAGUCAUUGCAUUUUAAGGUAAGUUUAACAUUUAAAUGAAAGUAAUGAGCAAAAAAAGUUUGAUGCUUGUUAUAGAAGACCACAGACGUCACCUGUGAGUCUACUACUUCCAGACGAAAUAUGUAUACUCGGUACUACAGGGUGUCCCUAAAGUCUGGACACACAGGAAAUCUCAUUAUCAUUUUUUUUGAAACCACAGAUUAAAUAUGGCUUGGUUUAAAGAAGAAAGAGUUGAACUGGUACUUCUCAGUGGACGUGAAGGAUGGACAUGUGGAAAGACAGGAAUAGGGUUAAGGUUAGGCUUAGGGAAGUGAUUUUUUGGGGUUAGCAUGAAUUUUAGCCGUGACCAAUUCUUUAGUUCCGGCUGAUAUAUUUGGUCGUCCAGAAUAGGGUUUGUCCAUGACACUGCCCUUGUCUUUAAACUUUUUAACCACCUUCACCACCUUGGAAAAGCCAAGUGGAAUCCUCCCUGGAUGACGUGCAUAAAAUCCAUCUGCUAUCUUUCAAUAUGUCCAUCCUUCACGUCCACUGAGAAGAACCAGUUCAACUCUUUCUUCUUUGAUGAAGCCGUAUUUAAUCUGUCGAGGCAAAAAAAAUUAUGGUUAAUGAGAUUUCCUAUGUGUCCGGACUUUAGGGACACCCUGUAUAUCAAAAAACCUGUUACCAGUUCACUGUGAAGCCACCGUUUGACUCCGCACCACACUCUGCUACAUGUGCUGCAGACAGUAAAGAAUGACACUAUUUCUGAAUUACCCCAAACAACUUUUUCUGCAUGUGAAGAAAAUAAGUUUAAAUAUCGGCCGAGUUAUCAGUCGUACUCUAGUUGUAAACUUUUGUUUAGAACUCGAGCUUUUUGUGUUGCUAACUUCUCGUGUUAAUGUAAAAGUCUUGUUACUUAUGUCAUAGUGGCUAGUUGUUUCAGCUAGCUUGUUUUUACUCUAAACAAAGUAGAUGUAACUUGUUGAUUAGUUACCUUUAAUUCUGCCUGUAGGUGGAUUUUGUUGCUUUGGAGGCAGGCUAGCACUUUCAAUCAGUUUCCAGUAUUAAUGCUAAGCUAACAGGCAGUAGAUUUAACGCACAGAUAUGAAAGUGGUGUCAGUAUUUUCAUCUAAAUCGUGACAAGACAGCAAGUAAAUGUCAAAGUAUUCCAUUAAAACUUCACAAAAACACUUGAUAAUCUGAAAUGUUUUAGUAGAAUUCAACUGAGCUUCUUUGGUUCUUGAAGAUGGCUGAGAGGUGAAAUGUCCUCAAGAACCAAGAAGAAGUCCAGUUGUUUUCUACUGAAGCUCUUAGGAACCCUAUCUGAGAUUUUUCUGAGAUGCAGAUUCCUUGAAUUCUGGUUAAUUAUCCACCAAAACACCCCAACAUUAAGCUUUAAAUCACCGCCGUCCUCCGGUUUGUGAUCUUGCCAAAGUCCCCCGAUCUUUAGCCGGUAUCCUAACUGGGCAGGUUUAAGGAGCUCAGCACUUCCUGUCUGAGUAAAUCCACUUUAAAGUCCAGUUCAAACUAGAAAAGGUGGGAUUUGUGAGAGGAAAUGUGUUCAUUUCAAGUGAAAUUAUAGCAGGUCUGAGAACACCGACCUGCUUUAUCGCCUCCACUGGUUAAAUGUUGAUCAAAAAAUACGUGUUCUGGUUGGAAGCAGCUUAAAGUUUAUUAAAAGUUACCGUUUUACACUUGAUUUUACUCACUUUAUUCUCUGCUGUCUGUUUGUUUUGUACAUAUUAAAUGUAUUCCUGUGCCAUAACAGCUGUUUUCUAAACUGACUGGAAGCUUAUUGGUUUGACAAGAGGAAAGGAAGUUAUUUGUUGGACCAGUCUGAGACUAUAUUUGUGAUUUCCUGUGUAAUUUUGAUUUAUUACAAAGCCUUUUUUUUGUUUGUUUUUUGUAACUGCAAAAACAUUCGUGUGAGGAAAAAAGUACCAUAAAUAAUAAUAAUAGUAUUUUAAACGAG